AUGGUCCUGCACUGGGUUGCCAACCUCCUAUCUCCAAUUUCCAAUCGUUAUCUUAUGCUCAAUGUAAAUUUUGUUAACACUAAGAAAUGCGCCUUUCUUCUGUUGAUUGUUGCUUUACUGGCAGAGGAAGACCUCUCCUUCGACGUUGCGUGGAUAGAUUCCCGCAUGAAUGUUUCCAAAGUGCCUUACGGAAUUUUAAGCCACAGAGUCAUCAGUUCAUGUAACCCAAACCCAUGUCGACACUGGGGUAGUUGUAGCGGUCGUUUCAAGGAUAAGUUCAGAUGUUCUUGUUCUCCCGGGUAUACUGGAGCCAGAUGUGAGACGGAAUUGGACGAGUGCAUGUCAAACCCUUGUAAGAACGGCGCCGUAUGUGUUGAUGACGUCAACGACUACUACUGCCUGUGUAGUCCGGGCUACACUGGAAAGAAUUGUGGGAGAGUUUUAUCAAUGAGUUCCUGUCGAUUUUUCCCAUGUAAGAACGGAGGGCAGUGUUAUGACAUUGAUGAUUCGUACAUGUGUUCAUGUAACACUGGCUUUACAGGAUAUGAUUGUGAAAUAGAUAUUGACGAGUGUGAUUCUAACAGUUGUAAGAAUGGAGCCAUGUGUGUUGAUGGCGUCAACACUUACACGUGCAUUUGCCCGACCGGAUAUACUGGUAUUUACUGCGAGAAAGAAACUGAUGAGUGCAGUCCAAACCCGUGUAAGAAUGGAGGAACUUGUGUUGACGGUAUGAAUUCUUACACAUGCUUGUGUAGACCAGGUUACACUGGACCCAACUGUGGAAUAGUGCUAGGACAACAUGUCUGUCAACAGAAUCCAUGUCAUAAUGGUGGGUACUGUCACGGUAUCGGGAAUUCGUUCGUCUGCAUUUGUUUACUGGGAUACACUGGCAACUAUUGUGAACAAGAAACCGACGAGUGCAAUCCAAACCCGUGUCAAAAUGGAGCAACAUGUAUUGAUGGUGUAAAUUCCUACAGCUGCACAUGCAGUCAAGGAUUUACUGGAACCAACUGUGGAACAGUGCUACCACAAAGUGCCUGCAGUCAAAGCCCGUGUCAAAAUGGUGGACAUUGUUAUGACGUGAACCUCACUUCAUUUAUUUGCUCCUGUAGACCCGGAUACACAGGAACUUUAUGUGAAACAGUUCUACCAACAAGUUCCUGUCAGUCAGGGCCUUGCCAAAACGGAGGGAUGUGUUAUGACGUUGGUAACUUCUACACAUGUUUAUGUAACCCAGGUUAUGGCGGCUAUAAUUGUGAGCUAGAUGUCAAUGAGUGUGAUUCUAACAAUUGUCAGAACGGAGCCGCAUGUGUUGAUGGUUUCAACUCAUACACCUGCGUCUGCGUAACUGGUUAUACUGGUACUUUUUGUGAGACAGUUAUAGCCCAAAGUGUCUGCAGUCAAAGCCCAUGUCAGAAUGGUGGACAAUGCUAUGAUGUUGGUAGUUUCCAGUAUGUGUGUACAUGUCAACCAGGUUUUACAGGAACAAAUUGUGAAAUAGAAACCAACGAGUGUAUUCCAAACCAGUGUCAGAAUGGAGCGACUUGUGUUGACGGCGUAAAUUCCUAUAGUUGCAUUUGUAGUGCAGGCUUUACUGGGACCAACUGUGCAACAGUCAUACCUCAAACUUCCUGCCAACAAGUACUUUGUCAAAAUGGUGGAUACUGUCAGUAUAUUGGUAAUUCUUUCCAAUGUGUGUGCGUACCGGGAUACACCGGAACAUUCUGUGAAACAGAAAUAGACGAGUGCAGUCCGAACCCGUGUCAACAUGGAGCAAUAUGUAUUGAUGGCAUUAAUUCCUACGCAUGCGCAUGCAGUAACGGAUACACUGGAUCUUCCUGUGGAACAGUGUUGUCACAAAGUGCAUGCAGUCAGAACAUCUGUGAGAAUGGAAAUUGUUACAGUAUUGACUUGUCAUUUUACUGUGAAUGUAGGCCAGGAUAUACAGGGUCCGUUUGUGACACAGAAAUUGAUGAUUGUAGUCCAAACCCCUGUCUAAAUGGUGGAAUAUGCACAGAUCGUGGUUACACAUAUACCUGCUCGUGCCUGUAUGGAUACGCUGGACGAAAUUGUCAGAUCUUGACGGGAGCUUCAGCGUGCCAGCAGAAUCCUUGUGUGAACGGUGCUUGUUUCAAUGUAGGCAAUUCAUACAUCUGCAUAUGUCCAGGAUAUACUGGUAUAAACUGUGAUACUGAAAUAGAUGAAUGCAGCCCGAAUCCCUGUCAGAACGGCGGCACGUGUAAUGACGGUGUUAAUACAUACACUUGCACAUGCAGCCCUGGAUAUACUGGGACAAAUUGUGAACUAGGCACUGACGAAUGUAGUCCAAACCCUUGUCAGAACGGAGCAACUUGCCAUGAUGAACAUCUUACCUACACCUGCACGUGUUUACUGGGAUAUACCGGGACAAUGUGUGAAACAACAAGGCGUUUCUAUGGAGAUAAUUUGUGUAUAUUUAUAGAUAUAGACGAUUGCAGUCCAAACCAAUGUCAGAACGAGGCCACAUGUGUUGAUGGAGUUAAUUCUUACAUGUGUUCAUGCGUACCUGGAUACACCGGAACUUUAUGUGAAAUAGAUAUAGAUUCCUGUAGCCAGAACCCAUGUCACAAUGGAGCAACGUGUAUUGACGGAGUAAAUACAUACACAUGUGAAUGUGUCAUUGGAUAUACAGGGGAUCAUUGUGACAUAAAUACUGAUGACUGUACAAGCAACGCGUGUCAAAAUGGAGCAACAUGCAAUGACGGUUUAAAUUCCUACACUUGCACGUGCAGUCCAGGAUAUACGGGAACCUAUUGUGACACUG